UCGUCUUCAGCAUUCUGCACUCGUAGUCGCCGUCGUUUGGGGCUCGUCGUCAGUCUAGAGAGUAAUAUCGACACGAAAAGAAAAGAAAAGCGAUACGAGUGGCUGAAAGGGAAAUUCCCAACCAAAUUAAAUACACUACGCUGCUGGGUUGAACUUGUUUGCCUGGAGGCGCUGCAGUCGUUGGCGUUAACCAAACGAAAUGGCUGAAGCGGAAGGUGGCUCCGAGCAGGAUGAUGUCUCAUUCCUGAGAACGGAGGACAUGGUCACACUCUCGUGCACAGCGACGGGAGAACGUGUCUGCUUGGCCGCCGAGGGAUUUGGUAACCGGCAUUGUUUCCUCGAGAACAUUGCCGAUAAGAAUGUGCCGCCGGAUCUAUCCCAGUGUGUGUUCGUCAUCGAACAGGCCCUGUCGGUGCGUGCCCUGCAGGAGCUGGUGACGGCGGCGGGAUCCGAGACUGAUAGUCAAGUUGGCAAAGGUACCGGAUCGGGACAUAGGACAUUGCUCUACGGCAAUGCCAUUUUGCUCCGACAUCACAACAGUGAUAUGUACUUGGCCUGUCUGUCGACCUCGUCGUCCAACGAUAAGCUAUCCUUCGAUGUGGGUCUGCAGGAGCACAGCCAAGGCGAGGCCUGCUGGUGGACAGUGCAUCCGGCGAGCAAACAGCGCUCCGAGGGUGAGAAGGUGCGCGUCGGUGAUGAUCUGAUCCUGGUGUCCGUAGCCACGGAGCGGUACCUGCACACGACUAAGGAGAACGAGCAGUCGAUUGUGAAUGCCAGCUUCCAUGUCACCCACUGGUCCGUCCAGCCCUACGGCACUGGCAUCUCUCGCAUGAAGUACGUUGGCUAUGUCUUUGGCGGCGACGUGUUGCGUUUCUUUCACGGCGGCGACGAGUGCCUGACCAUACCAAGCACUUGGGGUCGUGAAGCGGGUCAAAACAUUGUCGUUUACGAGGGCGGCGUGGUCAUGGCCCAGGCCCGUUCGCUGUGGCGCCUAGAACUGGCGCGUACCAAGUGGACGGGCGGCUUUAUCAACUGGUACCAUCCCAUGCGCAUCCGCCACAUCACCACUGGACGCUACUUGGGCGUCAACGAUAGCAACGAACUGAUUCUAGUGAAGAAAGAGGAGGCUUCGAUUGCCACGACGACUUUCUGCCUCAGGCAGGAAAAGGACGACGAGAAGAAGGUGCUCGAGGACAAGGAUCUGGAGGUGAUCGGGUCGCCGAUCAUCAAGUACGGUGACACCACCGUCAUUGUCCAGCACUGCGAGACGAGCCUGUGGCUCAGCUACAAGAGCUACGAGACGAAGAAGAAGGGCGUCGGCAAAGUCGAGGAGAAGCAGGCCAUUCUCCACGAGGAGGGCAAAAUGGACGAUUGCCUGGACUUUUCGCGCUCACAAGAGGAGGAGUCGAAAACGGCGCGUGUCAUCCGCAAGUGCAGCAGUCUAUUCACUCAGUUUAUUACGGCAUUGGAGACGCUGCAAUCGAAUCGCAGGCACUCGGUAUUCUUCCAGAAGGUGAACCUCAACGAGAUGGUCAUGUGCCUGGAGGAUUUGAUCAAUUAUUUCUCCCAACCAGAGGACGAUAUGGAACACGAGGAGAAGCAGAAUCGCUUCCGUGCCUUGCGCAAUCGUCAGGAUCUGUUCCAAGAGGAGGGCGUUCUCAAUCUUAUACUGGAGGCCAUUGACAAGAUCAAUAUCAUCACGUCGCAGGGCUUCCUGGCCAGCUUUCUCGCUGGCGACGAGACCGGCCAAAGCUGGGACCUCAUCUCCACGUACCUCUAUCAACUGCUGGCCGCCAUCAUCAAGGGCAAUCACACGAAUUGCGCUCAGUUCGCGAAUAGCAACCGCCUGAACUGGUUGUUCUCGCGUCUGGGCUCCCAGGCCUCCAGCGAGGGCUCUGGAAUGCUGGAUGUGCUGCACUGUGUGCUCAUUGAUUCGCCCGAGGCGCUGAAUAUGAUGCGGGAUGAGCACAUCAAGGUGAUUAUCUCCCUGCUGGAGAAGCAUGGACGUGACCCCAAGGUCCUGGAUGUCCUGUGCUCCCUGUGCGUCGGCAAUGGCGUGGCCGUGCGCUCCUCCCAGAACAACAUCUGCGACUUCCUGCUGCCAGGCAAGAACCUGCUGCUGCAGACGCUCCUGGUGGACCAUGUGGCCAGCAUUCGGCCGAACAUCUUUGUCGGACGCGUGGACGGGUCGUCCAUGUACCAGAAGUGGUACUUUGAGAUCACCAUGGACCACAUUGAGCAAACGACCCAUAUGAUGCCCCAUCUGCGGAUUGGGUGGGCCAACACCUCAGGCUAUGUGCCGUAUCCGGGCGGUGGCAAGAAGUGGGGCGGCAACGGAGUGGGCGAUGAUCUGUACUCGUUUGGCUUCGAUGGCGCCUACUUGUGGACCGGCGGGCGCAAGUCUUUGGUGGUGGAUGCCAUAACCGAGGAGCCGUACAUCCGAAAGGGCGAUGUCAUUGGCGUGGCCAUAGAUCUGUCGGUGCCCGUCAUCACGUUCACUUUCAAUGGAGUCAAGGUGCGCGGCUGCUUCCGGGACUUCAAUCUGGACGGCAUGUUCUUUCCGGUGAUGAGCUGCUCCUCGAAGCUGAGCUGUCGCUUCCUGUUUGGCGGCGAUCAUGGCCGCCUGAAGUAUGCUCCACCCAUGGGCUUCUCAGCGCUGGUGCAGUGUCUGAUGCCGCACCAGAUCCUCAGCCUGGAUCCGUGCUUCUACUUUGGAAAUCUCAACAAGAACGUCUUGGCCGGUCCUUGGCUCAUCGAGGACGACACGGCGUUUGUGCCCAAGCCCGUGGACACCUCGGGCGUGACCCUACCCAGCUCUGUGGACCAAAUCAAAGAGAAACUGGCGGAGAACAUUCACGAAAUGUGGGCCCUCAACAAGAUCGAGGCGGGGUGGUCGUGGGGCGAACAUCGCGACGACUACCAUCGCAUUCACCCGUGCCUUACGCAGUUCGAGAAGCUGCCGGCAGCUGAGAAGCGUUACGACAAUCAAUUGGCUGUUCAAACUCUCAAGACAAUCAUUUCGUUGGGCUACUACAUAACCAUGGACAAGCCACCUGCCCGCAUUCGUCCGGUGCGUCUGCCCAACGAGAUCUUCAUGCAGGGCAAUGGCUACAAGCCAGCACCGCUGGACCUCAGUGCCGUCACCCUCACGCCUAAGCUGGAAGAGCUCGUCGAUCAGCUGGCCGAGAAUACGCACAACCUUUGGGCCAGGGAGCGCAUCCAGCAGGGCUGGACAUAUGGCCUCAACGAGGACUCGGACAACCAUCGCAGCCCCCAUCUGGUGCCGUACGGCAAGGUGGACGAGGCCAUCAAGAAGGCCAAUCGGGACACCGCCUCGGAGACGGUGCGCACUCUGCUCGUCUACGGCUAUGUGUUGGAUCCGCCCACAGGCGAGGGCACCGAAGCCCUGCUGGCCGAGGCCCAGCGCCUGAAGUUUUCCGCCUUCCGGACGUACCGCGUGGAGCGCAACUAUGCCGUGACUUCUGGCAAGUGGUAUUUCGAGUUUGAGGUCCUCACCGCGGGACCUAUGCGCGUGGGAUGGGCGCGGGCCGACUGCUAUCCGGGUGCCAUGCUGGGCAGCGAGGACACCAGCUGGGCCUUCGAUGGACACAAUGUGACUAAAAUGCACGCCGGAUCCAUUGAGCACUUCGGGGUGCGGUAUGAGGCUGGCGAUGUCAUUGGUUGUUUUAUCGAUGUCAAGGAGCAAACCAUCAGCUUUUCGCUGAACGGAGAGCUCCUCAUGGAUGCCCUGGGUGGGGAGACAACCUUUGCCGAGGUCACCGCCGAGGGGGUGGGCUUUGUGCCCGCCUGCACACUGGGCGUGGGCCAGAAGGCACGCCUCAUCUAUGGCCAGGACGUGGACUCCCUGAAGUUCUUCACGACGUGCGGUCUUCAAGAGGGCUAUGAGCCAUUCUGUGUUAACAUGCGGCGGCCAGUGACCCAUUGGUAUACGAAGGACCAGCCCAUUUUCGAGAACACCGAGGAGAUGCCCGACUGCCGCAUCGAUGUGACGCGUAUUCCUGGGGGGGCAGACACCCCACCGCACCUGAAGAUCUCCCACAACACGUUCGAGACCAUGGAGAAGGCCAACUGGGAGUUUUUGCGCCUCUCCCUGCCCGUCACCUGCAUGGGGGAAUUCAUCAGCGAGCAGGAGAAGGCGCGCCGGUGGGAGGAGAUUAAGAUCCGUCAGUAUCGUUUGAUGCGCGAGGCCCAGGCGGCGGCUGCCCAGGUGCAAAACGCCCAAACUGCCGCCCACAUGGACCACAUGCUCACAGGCGGUUUCAACAUGAACGACAUCAAGGGGCUGACGCGGGGGAACUUUGACGAUCACGCGGAGGCCGAGGCAGAGCACAUGAUGCGUCCACCCCGGACGCCGCGCAAGGGAAGCCUCACCCGCAACAUAACCUUCGAGAGCGACAUGUCCGCCGCCCUAGACGAAAUGCAGCGAUCGACAUCGGUGCUGGAUAUGAACGGAUUGGGCGAGGAGAUCGACGACAAGAAGAAGCGCGGCCGCAGUCCUUUCAAGUUCUUCUCCAAGAAGUCGCGCGAUCAGAGUCGCGAGAAAAUGGGCUCCAGAACGUUGGAUACUUCGCUGGAGCGUCGCAACACGGUGGCCCAUGGCCGGAAUGUGGUCAACCAGCAAAUGACAACCCGCGCCCCAACCCUGCGGCUGAACAAUGCGGAGAUCCCAUCCAGUCCGGUCCAGCAACAGGCCCAGCAGGGACCCAAGCAGUUGAGCUCCUCGAAUCUGGGACAACCGCCGGUGGAGUCGUCGGGCAACGAGAUGUUCGACGCCGAUUGCCUCAAACUGAUCAACGAAUACUUUUACGGCGUACGCAUAUUCCCCGGCCAGGACCCCACGCACGUGUACGUUGGCUGGGUGACGACUCAGUAUCAUCUGCACAGCCGGGAGUUCAACAAGAACAAGGUGCGCCGGGGAUCCGUCUACAUCGAGGACGAUUACGAGGUGCCCAUCGAGCGAAUCGAUCGCCAGAGCUGCUAUGUGGUGCGAGCCGAUGAACUGUUCAACGAGGUGACCCAAGACGCCUCCGGCAAGGGUGCCUCCCAGGGCAUGUUCGUGGGUUGCUUCGUGGACACGGCCACGGGCAUUAUUCGGUUCACGUGCGAGGGCAAGGAGACCUCGCACCGCUGGAUGAUGGAGCCGGACACCAAGCUCUUUCCGGCCAUUUUUGUGGAGGCCACCAGUAAGGAGAUCCUACAGAUCGAGCUGGGUCGCACACCCACCACCCUGCCACUGUCGGCAGCUGUGCUGCCGACCAGCGACAAGCACAUCAAUCCCCAGUCGCCGCCGCGCCUCAAGGUGCAGUGCCUGCGUCCGCAUCAGUGGGCCCGAGUGCCCAACACUUCGCUGCAGGUGCACGCCCUGAAGUUGUCCGAUAUCCGCGGCUGGUCGAUGCUGUGCGAGGACCCUGUAUCCAUGCUGGCUCUGCACAUACCCGAGGAGGAUCGCUGCAUCGACAUACUGGAGCUGAUCGAGAUGGACAAGCUGCUCUCCUUCCAUGCGCACACCCUCACCCUGUAUGCGGCGUUGUGCUAUCAGUCCAACUACCGUGCAGCGCAUGCCCUCUGCCAGCACGUGGACCAGAAGCAGCUACUCUAUGCCAUCCGGUCGGAGUACAUGAGCGGUCCGCUGCGGCAGGGCUUCUACGAUCUGCUGAUCGCCCUGCAUUUGGAGUCGCAUGCCACUACGAUGGAGGUGUGCAAGAAUGAGUAUAUUACGCCCUUGGGUACCGAACUGAAGGAGCUUUAUGCCGAUGAAGAGAUGCAGCACUCGCUGCGAUCCUUGGUCACAGAGUCGGUGCGUCCCCAGCUGCGUAUGACGGAAAUCACCGAACCGAUCCCCGACAUCGACCAAUUGUACUCCCCGAAGUUCCCCCUAGAAGUAGUCAGGCAGUUCGUGAUGGAGGCCCUCAAAGACGCCGUGGAAAUCAAUCAGGUGCACAAUCGUGAUCCGAUCGGUUGGACCAACGAGAACCUGUUCCUACCCCUCAUUAAGCUCACAGAUCGCUUGCUCUUGGUCGGUGUCCUCACCGACGAAGAUGUACAGAAGCUGUUGGUAAUGGUCGAUCCCGAGACAUGGGAUGCUAAAUUCGAGAAAGAGGGCAAAGACGAACACCGCAAGGGACUGCUGACCAUGAAGAUGGCAGAGGGUGCCAAGCUGCAGAUGUGCUAUCUGCUGCAUCAUCUGUACGAUACCCAGCUGCGGCAUCGGGUGGAGAGCAUCAUUGCAUUCUCGCACGACUUUGUGGGCGAUCUGCAAACCGAUCAGUUGCGUCGUUAUAUCGAGAUCAAACAAUCGGAUCUUCCCAGUGCUGUGGCGGCCAAAAAGACCAAGGAGUUCCGGUGUCCGCCGCGCGAGCAAAUGAAUCAGAUACUGUGCUUCAAGAACCUCGAGUCCGAUGACCAGGACAACUGCACCUGUGGCCUUGAGUUGCGCGGCCGACUGGGCGACUUUCACGACAGCCUCAUGCAGAAGGUGUCGCUCAAUGCGCUGCAGGAGCCCGACGGUACCGAGAGCGGUACAGCGAUCGAGGAGAUCAAAACAGGGCCCAUCACGAAGAUCUAUAACUUCAUCAAUACGGUCAAGGAGCUGGAGGAGGGGCCCAAGGAGGUAGAGGAGCCGGAAAAGAAGACACCCGAGGAGGUGUUCCGCAAGGUUCUCAUCAAGCAAAUCGUCAGCUGGGCAGAGGAGUCGCCUAUCGAGAACCCCAAGUUGGUUCGUGAAAUGUUCAGCCUCCUGCUGCGCCAAUACGACACCGUUGGUGAGUUGGUGCGGGCGCUGGAGAAGACAUAUGUGAUCAACAAUCGAGCGCGCGAGGAUGUGGCCGAAAUGUGGGUGGGCCUUAGCCAGAUACGCGCCCUGCUGCCCGUCCAAAUGAGCCAGGAAGAGGAGGAACUGAUGCGCAAACGUCUCUGGAAGCUGGUGAACAACGCUACCUUCUUCCAGCACCCCGAUCUGAUACGCAUCUUGCGCGUACACGAGAACGUCAUGGCCGUGAUGAUGAACACGCUGGGACGUCGGGCCCAGGCACAGAGCGACGCACCCGCCCAGCCCGAGGGAGGCGAGGGUGUGCCCUCGAAGGAAAAGGACACGUCCCACGAGAUGGUCGUGGCCUGCUGUCGCUUCCUGUGCUACUUCUGCCGCACCGGCCGCCAGAACCAGAAGGCCAUGUUCGAUCAUUUUGACUUCCUGCUGGACAACGCCAACAUUCUGCUGGCACGGCCGAGCCUGCGAGGCUCCACACCCCUGGACGUGGCAUAUUCGAGUCUGAUGGAGAACACAGAAUUAGCUCUGGCGCUUAGGGAACACUACCUGGAGAAGAUCGCCGUGUAUCUGUCCAGGUGCGGCCUGCAGAGCAAUUCGGAACUGAUCGAGAAGGGGUAUCCCGAUCUCGGCUGGGAUCCCGUUGAGGGCGAGCGUUACCUGGACUUUCUGCGCUAUUGCGUGUGGGUCAAUGGCGAGAGUGUCGAGGAGAAUGCAAACCUUGUCAUUCGUCUUCUUAUCCGUCGUCCAGAGUGCUUGGGACCGGCUCUAAGAGGAGAAGGGGAAGGUCUUUUCCGGGCCAUCGUUGAGGCCAAUCGCAUGUCGGAGCGCAUCUCGGAUCGUUGUAAAAUGCAGGACGAGGCCGAGGGCACCACCAUAGCCGGUCUGAAUUUUACGCAUCCGCUGCCCGAAAGCGACGAGGACGAGGACUACAUCGACACGGGUGCCGCCAUACUCAAUUUCUAUUGUACGCUCGUCGACCUGCUGGGCCGCUGUGCCCCUGACGCCUCUGUCAUCGAGCAGGGCAAGAACGAGUCGCUGAGAGCUAGAGCUAUUUUGAGAUCUCUGGUGCCGCUGGAGGACCUGCAGGGUGUGCUCAGCCUUAAGUUCACUCUCACCCAGAUGGGGCCCGGCGAGGAGAAGGCCAAAACGGACAUGCCCUCCGGCCUACUGCCCAACAACAAGCAGAGCAUUGUGCUCUUCCUGGAGCGCGUAUACGGCAUCGAGACACAGGAUCUGUUCUAUCGCCUGCUGGAGGACGCCUUCCUGCCCGAUCUGCGCACGGCCACCAUUCUCGAUAAGAGCGACGGCUCCGAGAGCGACAUGGCCCUGGCCAUGAAUCGCUACAUCGGCAACUCCAUCCUACCCCUCCUCAUCAAGCACUCCAAGUUCUACAACGAGGCCGAGAACUACGCCAGCCUCUUGGAUGCCACUCUGCACACGGUCUACCGGCUAUCGAAGAACCGUAUGCUAACCAAGGGGCAGCGGGAGGCCGUCUCCGACUUUCUGGUGGCCCUCACAUCCCAAAUGCAACCUGCCAUGCUGCUCAAGCUGCUGCGCAAGUUGACUGUGGAUGUGUCCAAGCUGUCCGAGUACACCACUGUGGCACUGAGGCUGCUCACCCUUCACUUCGAUCGCUGCGCCAAGUACUAUGGGUCGACUCAAGGCCAGGGUUCGUACGGGGCGUCGUCGGACGAGGAGAAGCGCCUGACCAUGCUCCUGUUCUCCAACAUUUUUGACUCGCUCAGCAACAUGGACUAUGACCCGGAACUGUUCGGUAAAGCACUGCCCUGCCUCAUCGCCAUCGGCUGCGCCCUACCGCCCGACUACAGUCUAUCCAAGAACACGGACGAGGACUACUACGGCCGCCAGAUGGGUGCCCCGGACCAGCCGCAAUACGUGCCCCAUCCCAUCGACACGAACAGCGUCCAUUUGGACAACGAUCUGAACUCUCUGGUACAGAAGUUCAGCGAGCACUAUCACGACGCCUGGGCCAGUCGCCGCCUGGAGGGUAGCUGGACCUAUGGCGAAAUCCGCUCCGAGAACGAUCGCAAGCAUCCCCGCCUCAAGCCCUACAACAUGCUCACCGAAUAUGAACGGGAGCGUUACCGUGAUCCAGUGCGUGAGUGCCUGAAGGGUCUAUUGGCCAUUGGCUGGACCGUGGAACACUCGGAGGUGGAUGUCCCCCUCAAUCAUCGUGGAUCGACGCGUCGCCAAUCGAAGCCUCAGAUUAACGAGGGCAGUCCCUUCAACUACAAUCCCCAUCCGGUGGAUAUGAGCAACCUAACGCUCAGCAGGGAGAUGCAGAAUAUGGCCGAACGUCUGGCGGAGAACUCCCACGACAUUUGGGCCAAGAAGAAGAACGAGGAGCUCAAUGGCUGCGGAGGCGUCAUCCAUCCACAGCUGGUGCCGUACGAUCUGCUCACGGACAAGGAGAAAAAGAAGGAUCGCGAACGAUCGCAGGAGUUCCUCAAGUACAUGCAGUACCAGGGAUACAAGCUGCACAAACCAUCCAAGGGCGGCGCUGUGGAGGAGGGUGGAGCCACACAGGCAGCCGUUGAGCUGAGAUUCUCAUACUCGCUGCUGGAGAAGCUCAUCGCCUAUCUGGAUAGGGCCACCAUUAACAUGAAGCUGCUUAAGCCAUCGACCACCUUUAGUCGUCGCACCUCCUUCAAGACGGCCACGCGCGACAUCAAGUUCUUCUCGAAGGUGGUCCUGCCACUGAUGGAGAAGUACUUUUCGACGCACCGCAACUACUUCAUUGCCAUUGCCACGGCCACGAACAACAUUGGAGCAGCCUCGCUCAAGGAGAAGGAAAUGGUUGCCUCCAUAUUCUGUAAACUGGCGGCCCUUCUGCGUAACCGCCUGAGCGCCUUCGGGCCGGAUGUGCGCAUCACUGUGCGCUGCCUCCAGGUGCUGGUCAAGGGCAUCGAUGCCAGGACGCUGACCAAGAACUGCCCCGAAUUCAUACGCACCUCCAUGCUGACGUUCUUCAACCAGACGUCCGACGAUCUGGGCAACACCAUCCUCAAUCUGCAGGACGGAAAGUACAGCCACCUGAGAGGCACGCACCUGAAGACCUCCACGUCGCUGGGCUAUGUCAAUCAGGUGGUGCUGCCCGUGCUGACGGCGAUGUUCGAUCACCUGGCGGCCUGCGAUUACGGCAGCGAUCUGCUGCUCGACGAGAUCCAGGUGGCCUCAUACAAGAUACUGGCCGCACUCUACCAUCUGGGCACGGACGGGACGCUCACGCACGACCGGAAGUAUCUGAAGACAGAGAUCGAGCGGCAUCGUCCGGCCCUGGGCUCGUGCCUGGGCGCUUACAGCUCCUGCUUCCCUGUGGCCUAUCUGGAGCCUCACCUGAACAAGCACAACCAGUACUCGCUGCUAAACCGCAUCGCGGACCACUCGCUAGAGGCGCAGGACAUCAUGGUGAAGAUGGAGCAGUGCAUGCCCAAUCUGGAGACCAUUCUCAGCGAGGUGGACCAGUUCGUGGAGUCGGACAAGACGUACAACGAUGCACCACACAUUAUCGACGUCAUCCUGCCGCUGCUGUGUGCCUACCUCCCCUUCUGGUGGUCCCAGGGCCCGGACAAUGUGAGUCCCACCAGUGGCAAUCAUGUGACCAUGGUCACGGCAGAUCACAUGAACCCCUUGCUGCGCAAUGUGCUCAAGAUGAUCAAGAAGAACAUUGGCAACGACAAUGCCCCCUGGAUGACCCGCAUUGCGGCCUACACGCAGCAGAUAAUCAUCAACACGUCCGAGGAGCUACUGAAGGAUCCGUUCCUGCCUCUGGCGGAGCGCGUGAAGAAGCGCACCGAGAACAUGCUCCACAAGGAGGAUAGCAUGCGGGGCUUCAUCAAGUCGGCCACCGACGACACCUCCCAGGUGGAGACGCAACUGCAGGAGGACUGGAAUCUGCUCGUGCGCGACAUUUACUCGUUCUAUCCGUUGCUCAUCAAGUACGUGGAUCUGCAGCGUAACCACUGGCUGAAGGACAACAUCCCCGAGGCCGAGGAGCUCUACAACCAUGUGGCCGAGAUCUUCAACAUCUGGUCCAAGAGCCAGUACUUCCUCAAAGAGGAGCAGAACUUUAUCUCUGCGAAUGAGAUCGACAACAUGGCCCUGAUCAUGCCCACGGCCACGCGUCGCUCCGCCAUAUCGGAGGGCGCUCCCGCCGUCGGUGGCAAGGUGAAGAAGAAGAAGAAGAACAGGGACAAGAAGCGCGACAAGGACAAGGAGGUGCAGGCGAGUCUGAUGGUGGCGUGUUUGAAGCGCCUGCUGCCCGUCGGCCUCAAUCUGUUUGCUGGACGGGAGCAGGAGCUGGUGCAGCACUGCAAGGAUCGGUACCUGAAGAAGAUGACCGAGUACGAUGUGAUCGAGUUUGCGCGCAACCAGCUGACGCUGCCCGACAAGCUGGAUCCCUCCGACGAGAUGUCCUGGCAGCACUAUCUCUACUCGAAGCUGGGCAAGAGCGAGGAGACCGUGGACGAGCAGGCACUGGAGAAGGCGAACGUCAACUCAAACGAGAAGGGCAAAGACAAGACCCAGGAGACAGUGGAUCGCAUAGUGGCCAUGGCCAAGGUUCUGUUUGGCCUUCAUAUGAUCGACCAUCCGCAACAGCAGAGCAAGAAUGUGUACAGGAGCGUUGUGUCGAUCCAAAGGAAGCGUGCCGUAAUCGCAUGUUUCCGUCAGACAUCGCUACACUCUCUACCCAGACAUCGCGCUUGCAACAUCUUUGCCCGCACCUAUCACGAGCAAUGGCUGAACGAGGAGAAUGUCGGCCAGGAGGUGAUGGUGGAGGAUCUGACGCAGUCAUUCGAGGACUCGGAGAAGUCCAAAAAGGAUGAGGAGGAGACCGACAGCAAGCCCGAUCCACUCACCCAAUUGGUGACCACAUUCUGUCGCGGUGCCAUGACCGAACGGAGUGGCGCACUGCAGGAGGAUCUGCUCUAUAUGUCGUAUGCCCAGAUUACGGCCAAGUCCUGUGGCGAGGAGGAGGAGGAGGGCGGCGACGAGGAGGGCGGUGAGGGUGCCGAAGAGGGGGAGGGCACCAGCAUCCAUGAACAAGAGAUGGAAAAGCAGAAGCUGCUCUUCCAUCAGGCCCGCCUCUCGAAUCGUGGCGUUGCCGAAAUGGUGCUGUUGCACAUUUCCGCCUCCAAAGGUAUACCUUCGGAGAUGGUAAUGACGACACUCAAUCUCGGCAUCGCCAUAUUGCGCGGCGGCAACAUCGACAUCCAAAUGGGCAUGCUCAAUCAUCUGAAGGAGAAGAAGGAUGUGGGCUUUUUCACGUCGAUUGCUGGCCUGAUGAACUCGUGCAGUGUCCUCGAUCUGGACGCUUUUGAGCGCAACACCAAAGCAGAGGGUCUUGGUGUAGGUUCCGAGGGGGCGGCAGGCGAGAAGAACAUGCACGAUGCCGAGUUCACGUGCGCACUCUUCCGGUUCAUCCAGCUCACCUGCGAGGGCCACAAUUUGGAAUGGCAGAACUAUCUGAGGACACAGGCCGGCAACACGACAACCGUCAACGUGGUCAUCUGCACUGUGGACUAUCUGCUGCGGCUGCAGGAGUCCAUCAUGGACUUCUACUGGCACUACUCCAGCAAGGAGAUCAUCGAUCCCGCCGGCAAGGCAAACUUCUUCAAGGCCAUCGGUGUGGCCAGCCAGGUGUUUAACACCCUCACCGAGGUCAUCCAGGGCCCCUGCACCCUCAAUCAGCAGGCUCUGGCCCACUCUCGUCUGUGGGAUGCAGUCGGAGGCUUCCUCUUUCUCUUUUCCCACAUGCAGGACAAGCUAUCGAAGCACUCCAGUCAGGUGGAUCUGCUGAAGGAGCUGCUCAAUUUGCAAAAGGAUAUGAUCACCAUGAUGCUGUCUAUGCUGGAAGGAAAUGUCGUCAAUGGUACUAUUGGCAAACAGAUGGUGGACACUCUGGUGGAGUCCGCAUCGAAUGUGGAGCUGAUCCUCAAGUACUUUGAUAUGUUCCUUAAACUGGCCGACCUCAUUGAAUCGCCCAGUUUCCAUGAGAUCGACAUAAAGAACGAAGGCUGGGUCACGCCCAAGGACUUUAGGGAGAAAAUGGAGCAAUCCAAGAACUACUCACUGGAAGAAAUGGAUUUCCUUUUGGCUUGUUGCGAACGCAAUCACGAGGGAAAGAUCGACUACAGAGCCUUCGUGGAACGCUUCCACGAACCAUCAAAGGAGAUCGGUUUCAACCUGGCUGUUCUGCUGACCAACCUAAGCGAGCAUAUGCCGAAUGAGCCGCGCCUGGCGCGCUUCCUGGAGACGGCCGGCUCGGUGCUGAACUACUUCGAGCCGUUCCUGGGUCGCAUCGAGAUCUUGGGCAGCUCGAAGCGCAUCGAGCGGGUCUACUUCGAGAUCAAGGACUCGAACAUCGAGCAGUGGGAGAAGCCGCAGAUUCGCGAAUCGAAGCGUGCCUUCUUCUAUUCCAUCGUCACCGAGGGCGGCGACAAGGAGAAGCUCGAGGCCUUUGUCAACUUCUGCGAGGAUGCCAUCUUUGAGAUGACCCAUGCCUCUGGCCUGAUGGCCACCGACGACGGCGGCGGCAACGUGAGGCGCGACACCGCCUACAGUUCGUACAUGAGCGAGGAGGAGGAGGAGCGCGCCGCUCGGGACCCCAUCAGACGAACCAUCACCGCCGUCAAGGAGGGUCUCAAGUUCGGCAUCCACAUGUUGAGUCCGGCAAACAUCAAGCACCAGAUUGGCGUCAUGCAGACCAAGUCCAUCCCAGAGCUGAUUGUCGGCUUCUUCAAGAUGAUCUUCUACAUGUUCUACUACACUGGCUAUGCCCACUUCUGCGUGGUGCGCUACAUUUUUGGCAUACUCCUGAACCUGAUGCGCGGACCCGCCCCUGAGCAGGAGGAUCAGCUGCCGGUGGUCGAGGAGGAGACGUUUGGCAGAGCACUGCCGCCGCUACCGUUGGAAGAGCCGCCUGGGACCGUUCAGGCAUUUGGCUUGGACAUAAACAAAGAGGACAACGGCGUGUACAAGGUGGUGGUUCAUGAAUCCCCUGGCAACUCCUCGGUGGAGGAAGGUGGCGAAUCUAGCCCCGAGGAUGGUGCAGCCAUUGCCGGGGAACUGGCCGAGGGCGAGCCCUACCAGGAGCCAAUCAGCAUUGUAGAUCUGCUAGGCGGAGAUGCGGCCAAGAAGGCGGCUCAGGAGCGACAGGAGGCGCAAAAGGCCCAAGAGGCGGCGAUGGCAUCCAUUGAGGCCGAGGCCAAGAAGUCUUCGGCAGCCCCACAGGAAACACCCGCGGUGCACCAGAUCGACUUUUCGCAGUACACGCACAGGGCCGUCAGCUUCCUGGCGAGGAAUUUCUACAAUCUGAAAUAUGUCGCCUUGGUGCUUGCCUUCAGCAUUAACUUUAUGCUGCUCUUCUACAAGGUCACCUCAUUCGAGAGUGAAUCCGAGGGCUCUGCCGAGGAGGAGCUGAUUCUGGGCUCCGGUUCGGGGGCAGGUGUGGACAUGAAUGGAUCUGGAUUUGGAGGCUCUGGCGAUGGCGGAUCCGGGGACGGGGAAAUGGAGGAUGAGAUACCAGAGCUUGUGCACGUGAACGAGGACUUCUUUUAUAUGGCGCACGUACUGCGCAUUGCCGCGUGUCUCCACUCGCUCGUGUCGCUGGCCAUGCUGAUCGCCUAUUACCACCUGAAGGUGCCGCUGGCUAUUUUCAAGCGUGAGAAGGAGAUCGCCCGACGACUGGAGUUCGAUGGCCUCUUCAUUGCCGAGCAGCCGGAGGACGAUGACUUCAAGUCGCACUGGGACAAGCUGGUCAUAUCGGCCAAGAGCUUCCCGGUCAACUAUUGGGACAAGUUCGUCAAGAAGAAGGUGCGACAAAAGUACAGCGAGACGUACGAAUUCGACUCCAUCUCAAAUCUGCUGGGCAUGGAGAAGAGCGCAUUCACGGCGCAGGAGAGCGAGGAAACGGGCAUCUUUAAGUACAUCAUGAACAUUGACUGGCGCUACCAGGUGUGGAAGGCGGGCGUCACAUUCACGGACAACGCCUUUCUCUACUCGCUGUGGUACUUUAGCUUCUCGGUUAUGGGCAACUUCAACAACUUCUUCUUCGCUGCCCAUCUUCUGGAUGUGGCCGUCGGCUUCAAGACACUGCGCACGAUCCUCCAGUCGGUCACGCACAACGGCAAGCAGCUGGUCCUGACCGUGAUGCUGCUGACCAUUAUCGUCUACAUCUAUACGGUAAUAGCGUUUAACUUCUUCCGCAAAUUCUACAUCCAGGAGGAGGACGAGAUGGUGGACAAGAAGUGCCACGACAUGCUGACCUGCUUCGUCUUCCAUUUGUACAAGGGAGUGCGAGCGGGCGGAGGUAUUGGAGACGAGAUUGGCGAUCCUGUCGGGGACGAGUACGAGGUGUAUCGCAUCAUCUUUGACAUCACUUUCUUCUUCUUCGUCAUCAUUAUCCUGCUGGCCAUCAUCCAGGGUCUGAUCAUUGACGCCUUCGGCGAGCUCCGUGACCAGCUAGAGUCGGUCAAGGACAACAUGGAGUCCAACUGCUUUAUAUGUGGCAUGGGAAAGGACUUCUUCGACAUAGUGCCGCAUGGCUUCGACACCCACGUCCAGAAGGAACACAACCUGGCCAACUACAUGUUCUUCCUGAUGCAUUUGAUCAACAAACCGGACACCGAGUACACCGGCCAGGAGACGUACGUGUGGAAUAUGUACCAGCAGCGCAGCUGGGACUUCUUCCCGGUGGGUGACUGUUUCCGCAAGCAAUACGAGGACGAAUUAUCUGGCGGCGGCGGUGGCGGUUAGCCGCUGUCGCCAGCAUUCCUACCAACUAUCUGAUCGCUUUCUGGGCCCAAGUCGGUCCAAGGACUCGGCAUCUAAUUUGUAUCUACUACUUACU